GACGUCACCAUUCCCUCCGGAAGUAGACGUGGCCGGCGUCCGGUGAUUGGUGGCUGUGGGGCUUUCGCCGCCACCGCCCCGGCCGGGCUCCACAGAAUGAAGCGGCGAAAGCAGCGGCGAGUCGUGGCAGCUCUGCUGUUGCUAUGGGGGCUGCUGGACGUGAGGGCCGCGGCCGCCGGGGGGGCCCGGUCGCUCCCCCAGUUCAGCGACGACGUCCCAUUCCGGGUGAACUGGCCGGGCAACGAAUUCACUCUGCCUACUGCUGGUGUUUUGUACAAAGAAGAUCAUUACAUCAUUAUGACAACAGUAGAUAAAGAAAAAUACAAGUGCAUUCUUCCAGUGGAAGCCAGUGGAGAUGAGGAGGAAGACAAGGAUUACAAAGGGCCCAACCCUGCAGAAUUGCUGGAGCCUUUGUUUAAGCAAAGCAGCUGUUCUUACAGAAUUGAAUCCUAUUGGACUUACGAAGUCUGUCAUGGUAAACACAUUCGCCAGUAUCAUGAAGAAAAGGAAACUGGUCAGAAAACAAAUAUUCAAGAAUACUACCUUGGAAACAUGCUGCGAAAGAGCCCGCUACUAGAUCCAGAACAAGAAGAGAAGGAAAAUGAAAGAGAGAGCACAAAAGAGAUUCCUACAAAAAACAUAGAAGGGCAGAUGACCCCAUAUUAUCCUGUAGGAAUGGGCAAUGGCACACCUUGUAGCUUGAGACAAGACCUGCCCAGAUCAAGUACCGUCAUGUACGUCUGCCAUCCUGAAGCCAAACACGAGAUCCUCUCAGUGGCCGAAGUCACUACUUGUGAAUAUGAAGUGGUCAUUUUGACCCCUCUGUUAUGCAGCCAUCCUAAAUACAGGUUCAGAGCUUCCCCGGUGAAUGACAUAUUUUGCCAGUCACUGCCAGGAUCCCCACUUAAGCCCCACAACUUGGAACAGCUGGAGCAGCAGCAAGAAAUGUUGAAGGUGCCUUUUAGAAAGGCCAAGGAGGAAGAAAUCAAUUCAAAGGAAGAGAAAUUUUCCUCCAUCCACAAGCCAGUUGCUGUGGGAACCCAACAACUGUUAACUGUUGGAACAACGCAUAUCUCCAAACUGACCGAUGAACAACUCAUAAAAGAGUUCCUUAGUGGGUCUUAUUGCUUCCAUGGGGGUGUUGGCUGGUGGAAGUAUGAAUUCUGCUAUGGCAAAUACGUGCAUCAGUAUCACGAGGACAAGGAAAAUGGCAAAACAACUGUAGUCGUAGGCACAUGGAGCAAGGAGGAGCACCUUGAGUGGGCACAAAAUAAUAAGCCAAGAGCUUAUCACUUCAAAGAAGAUGGCCUGAAAACUGUGAAAGUGGUCUCUCACUUCUAUGGAAAUGGAGAUGUUUGUGAUCUAACUGAGAAACCUCGACAGGUGACAGUCAAACUGAAGUGUAAAGAAUCGGAUUCCCCUCAUGCAGUCACUGUAUAUAUGCUGGAGCCUCAUUCCUGCCAGUACAUCCUUGGGGUGGAAUCGCCAGUUAUCUGUAAAAUUCUGGAUACAGCAGAUGAAUAUGGACUGCUUUCAGUGCCCAGUUAAUAGAGCACAAGAAAUAUUCAGAGUUCAGAACUUGGAAGGCUGUGGGAGGCAAGUACAGUUCUCCAUGCAAGCCAACAGCAGAGAAGAAUGCUGCUCCAGAAGGACCUCACCAGCAGACCCAUAUAAAAAGCAAAGCGCUAUCAUGUGAAUAUUAUAUGUAUAUAAGAGGCUAUUGAUAAAUCUUUUAAAAAUUAAAAACUUAUCUUGAACCUUC